GCAGGCUGCAGGCGACGGUUUCACGGUACGGUCUUCCUCGUAGACUACGCAGUUCGGCGGACCAUAGGAGGCAGUCCCCUAAGCAGCAUCCCGCAUCAUGGAGCUCGCCGACAAGCCAAAGCCGCGGAGAUCCUUUCUGUUUGAGAGCAAUACGGCGAUUACAGUUUUAAUUUACUUGAUGUCUCAGGUCUCUGAGAUGAACGCCGACGACAGCGCUAUGGAGGAACUUGCCACGGAGAAGGAGGCAGAGGAGAGUCACAGGCAGGACAGCGUGAAUUUACUGACAUUCAUCUUACUUCUGACGUUAACCAUUCUCACGAUCUGGCUUUUCAAACACAGAAGAGUCCGUUUUCUGCAUGAGACCGGGUUGGCUAUGAUAUACGGCCUCCUGGUCGGGGUGAUCCUGCGCUACGGCAUCCCCUCCACCAGUUACCACAACAAGACGCCCCCGAGCUGCUCGCUGGGGGAGGGGCCCGUCAGCACGCUGCUGCUCAACGUCAGCGGGAAGUUCUUCGAGUACACGCUGAAGGGCGAGAUCAACUCCCGCGAGAUCCACAACGUGGAGCAGAACGACAUGCUGCGCAAGGUCACCUUUGAUCCAGAGGUGUUCUUCAAUAUUUUACUACCUCCAAUUAUUUUUCAUGCCGGAUAUAGCCUUAAAAAGAGACAUUUCUUCAGGAAUCUGGGCUCUAUCCUCACUUAUGCUUUCCUUGGGACAGCAGUUUCCUGCUUUAUUAUUGGGAAUCUCAUGUAUGGUGUGGUGAAGCUGAUGCAGGCUGUGGGACAGCUGAGCGACAAGUUUUACUACACCGACUGCCUCUUCUUCGGAGCCAUCAUCUCCGCUACUGACCCAGUUACAGUGCUAGCCAUCUUCAAUGAGCUCCACGCGGAUGUGGACUUGUACGCCCUGCUGUUUGGGGAGAGCGUCAUGAACGAUGCCGUUGCCAUAGUCCUCUCUUCCUCCAUAGUGGCCUACCAGCCGAGUGGUGCCAACACCCACACUUUCGAUGCCUCUGCCUUCUUCAAAUCAGUGGGCAUUUUCCUGGGCAUCUUCAGUGGGUCCUUUGCCAUGGGCGCCGUCACCGGUGUGGUCACUGCUCUCGUGACCAAGUUCACCAAGCUGCACUGCUUCCCACUGCUGGAGACGGCCCUCUUCUUCCUCAUGUCCUGGAGCACCUUCCUGCUGGCCGAGGCCUGUGGAUUCACUGGUGUGGUAGCGGUGCUGUUCUGUGGAAUCACCCAGGACCACUACACCUACAACAACCUCUCGGAAGAGUCCACCAAACGCACCAAGCAGCUCUUUGAGGUCCUGCAUUUCCUGGCAGAGAACUUCAUCUUCUCCUACAUGGGCCUGGCUCUCUUCACCUUCCAGAACCACAUCUUCAGCCCCAUCUUCAUCCUGGGGGCCUUUAUUUCCAUCUUCAUAGGAAGGGCGUUCAACAUCUACCCCCUCUCCUUUCUCCUCAACCUGGGGCGCCGGCACAAGAUAGGCAGCAACUUCCAGCACAUGAUGAUGUUUGCAGGUCUGCGUGGGGCCAUGGCAUUCGCGUUGGCCAUCCGGGACACAGCCACCUACGCCCGGCAGAUGAUGUUCACCACCACGCUGCUCAUCGUCUUCUUCACCGUUUGGGUGUUCGGCGGUGGCACCACGCCCAUGCUCUCCUGGCUGCACAUCAGGGUUGGGGUGGACCCGGACCAGGACCUUCAGCUUUGUGGGGACAGUUUCCAGGUGCUCCAGGGAGAUGGAACUCAGGUGGAAGGCCACAGCAGGACCAAGCAGGAGAGCGCCUGGAUGUUCAGACUGUGGUACAGUUUCGACCACAACUUCCUGAAGCCGGUGCUGACACACAGCGGCCCGCCCCUCAGCAACACCCUGCCCAGCUGCUGUGGCCCGCUGGCCCACUGCCUCACCAGCCCACAGGCCUACGAGAGCCACGAGCCGCUGCAGGACACCGACUCGGACCUCAUCCUGAACGACGGCGACCUGACACUCACGUACGGCGACACAGCCAUCACGUCCAACGGGGUGUGGGGUGGGCGGGGCGGCGGGGCGGGGAGCACGUCGGAGGAGGCGCUGGAGCGCGAGGCGGACUGCCGUGAGCAGGAGCUAAUCAGGGGGACCCGCCUGGUGUUCCCCAUCGAGGACCAUGCCUGACCCUGCACCUCCCCCCCAGCACCGAGCCUCGCCAGGACCCCCCCCCCCUCCUGACCCAGCACGGAGCAGAUGCACAGAG